CAGACACUUUUUCAAACACGUUUGUCUGUUCGAGCCCGUAAUUCGCCUUUAGUGUUAAGUUUAGAGUGAUUUUCUUUUCUCAAACUAAAGGUUUAAUAGCAGAAAAUUCAAUGGCGACAGCAAAAACGGAAGAUGAUGCCGCAGCUGGUACAAAUUUAUUGAAGAGGCAUAAAAAACCGGUCUGUUUAAUUAUUUUGGGAAUGGCUGGUUCAGGGAAAACAACCUUUGUUCAACAGCUAACAUCUCGUUUGCAUACCAAGGAAAAACCACCGUAUGUAAUCAAUUUAGAUCCAGCUUGUAGGGAAGUUCCUUAUCCAGUGAACAUUGACAUAAGAGACACCGUCAAUUAUAAGGAAGUAAUGAAACAAUAUUCUCUUGGGCCUAAUGGAGGAAUCGUGACUUCACUCAAUCUGUUUGCAACCAAAUUUGAUCAAGUUAUAAAACUGGUGGAGAAGAGAUCUGAGAACACAGACAUAGCCAUUUUUGAUACACCAGGCCAGAUAGAAGUUUUCACUUGGUCUGCAUCUGGAACCAUCAUCACAGAGACAUUGGCUGCUCUUUUUCCAACCAUAGUGGUCUAUGUCAUGGAUACUGUCAGAAGUGUUAGCCCUGUAACAUUCAUGUCCAACAUGCUAUAUGCCUGUUCCAUUCUCUAUAAACUGAAACUUCCAUUUAUUAUAGUCAUGAACAAGAUUGAUGUUGUGAAGCAUGACUAUGCCCUGGAGUGGAUGACAGACUUUGACGCAUUUGAAUUGGCUUUGAGCAGUGAUAGCAGCUAUAAUGCUAAUCUAUCGCGGUCGCUGUCUUUGACUUUAGAUGAAUUCUAUAAGGAUCUCACUACCGUCGGAUUUUCUGCUGUGACUGGAGAAGGAUUCGAUGAAUUUCUUGCAGCAGUCGAUUCCGCCGUUGUCGAAUACGAAACUGAUUACUGUCCAGAACAUGAUCGAUUACAGAAACUUCAAGCCGAAGCGCGUUCCAAAGAUAAGACUCGCCAAAAAGAUAAGUUUGGAAGCGAUUUCCAGGAAACAAAUCAGAGGCUGGGGAUUACCACUGGACGAUAUGUCAGCCAGAGUAACGAGAUACUGUUACGCAGCCACGCGGUGGGUGGAGAGUCUAGUAGCGAUGAUGAGCGUGAGGGACGUCCUGGAGAUGACGAUGAUGAAGAUGACAGAAUUGGCCAUCAAUCUUUCAAAAAUUUUUUGGAAGAACAAAAGAAGAAGCAACAAUCCAAGUCAAAUAGCGCUUCGUCAUGA